GUAUGCAGGUUCCGGGGCUCUCUCCAGACGAGAUGGCGGAGGAAGGAGGGCAGGUCGAAGCCCAGGCUCGACGAGCGGGCGAGGAAGGCGGUCUGCGGCCGAGGAGCGCCGCGGAGUCGUCCUCGCGGCGCCUGGUGCUGCCGCCCUCGUGGCUGUCCCCGGCGGGCGGGCUGCCGGCGGGGCUGGGCGGCUGGUAUCCGGCCCUGGAGGUCCUGGACGUGAGCGGGACGGGGCUGUCGGCGCUGGGCCCCGAGCUGCUGGACCUGGCGCAUCUGCACACGCUGCUGGCGAAGAACAACCGGCUGGGGUCGCCCGGGUCGCUCCCGAAGGGCCUGGGCGGCUCCCCGCUGUGCCGGUCCUUGCGCGUCCUCAACUUGAGCGGCAACCGCUUCACGCACCUGCCCGCCUCGCUCUUGGGCCUCUCCCGCCUCCAGAGCCUCAGCCUGGGGAGCAAUCGGCUCCAGAGCAUCCCCCCCGCUAUCCAGAAGCUCAGCAGUUUAGAAUUUUUGUACCUUGGAGGAAAUUUCAUUACUUCCAUUCCACCAGAGUUAGCAAACCUGUCUUCACUAAGUUACCUAGUCCUCUGUGAUAACAGGAUACAGAGUAUUCCUCCUCAGUUGGCACAGCUGCAUUCACUCCGCUCUCUUAGCCUCCACAAUAACUUACUGACAUACCUUCCUCGGGAGAUUCUGAAUCUAGUUCAGCUUGAAGAACUGAGUUUGCGUGGGAAUCCAUUGGUUGUGAGAUUUGUCCGUGAACUGACCUACAAUCCUCCAAGUCUCCAGGAACUGGCUGGACGUACCAUCAAAACUCGCAAUAUUCCUUAUUUUGCUAGUGAUCUCCCUGGAAAUCUCCUUCGAUAUUUGAGUUUGGCCAGCAAUUGUCCUAAUCCUAAGUGUGGAGGAGUCUAUUUUGACAGCUGUGUCCGCCAAAUAAAAUUUGUCGACUUCUGUGGGAAGUACCGUGUUCCACUGAUGCACUACCUUUGUUCCCCAGAGUGCUCUUCCCCUUGCAGUUCUGCAUCUCAGAGUUCUAAUUCCCAAAGUGAAUCUGAUUCAGAAGAUGAAGCCAUUGUUGCUGCACGCAGGAUGCAAAAGGUUCUUCUGGGAUAGGAAGAAGGGAUAACACCAGAAGCAAGCAUCUGAUGUCCUGUAGAAUGGGCCUGCCUAUAUUAUAUCAUUCACAGAAAAUGUACCUGGAAAAUUAUUCAUGAAAAUGCUUAUUGGCUAAAAUCACUAAAUGCCUUAGGGAGAAAUUAGCAUAGAGACUUCUUACAGCUUGCUUUCUGGAAGAACACUCUUAAAGCUUGAGAUGUUUCAGGACUUUUUGUCAUUGGUGACAUGUUAGAGAUGUUUUAAGGCCCUUCAUCUCUGAGGUUGGCUUUGAAGUGGACUAUCUUUAGUCACUGUGAUAAUACUAAUAAUUAUCUAAGAGUACAGAGUGGGAAUUCUUUAGUAUUGUGUUUAGCAUUUAUUAUACUUGAAUAUUGUUCUUCCCAUACAGGUGCUUGAGCUCUAUAUAUUUAUUUUUAACAAAAUUCCUCCAAAAUGCAGAAAUAUCAGUAUGUGUUACUUCCUUCUUUAUUUGGCUUCACUGCCUAAGAUCAAAUGUUAUAACAGCAUAAUGUGCCUUUCUGUAUUUUUAUACCAGCUCCAUUUUUCUGUCCUUCAGAGCAUUCCUAAAUUGUACCACCAAAAACUUGGGAGCAAAACUGUUGGGUUUUGGUAGCACUUUCCCUGUUUUUUGGCCUGUGGCUGGGGCUCCUGAAAGUUGUGGUUCAGCAGAACUGGGAAAGCCAUAGGUUUCCAAUUCCUGCAUUAUGCUGUAGGACAUCAUUAGUGCCUUCCUUGGGUUUUCUUCUUGAAGCCUGCCAUUUUCUAACUUUCUGAAAAAGAUAAAGAAUUCACUGUUUUUAAGUUCAUCUAAAGCAAAACUGCAAACUGCUAUUUUGUUUGCAUAUAUCCAGGUGCCAUUAUUUGCCACAUUUUAUGUUAUGGAUCAUAUUUCAUGAUAUAUAAUUGCAUACAUACAGUGUUUAACAUAAUAUAACCUUGUUUUAUGAAAAAUCAGACAUUUUUACCAAUCCUUUUAUUUCUCCCAUUCCCUUUAUUGCAAAGUUAUUUACAUUAUAUCCUUCCUCUCUUCCUUUCUUCAUAUUCACAUUUGACUUUCUCAUACAUGUAUUGCCUUUUUGUGAGACUCUGCCCCAAACUUCCUCACUCAUAUAUUUCUAAGCAUGUUGAAGUAUUGACAAUACCUCAUAUAUUUAGGGCCUUGUCUAGUCUCUACAAAAGAUAAAUAGUCACAGAGGAGUUGCUCUUAUAAGGCAUCACUAAGGGUAUUAGCGGCAGUAUGUUUGUGAACUUAUGCAAUCAUUUUUUCACACACAACACUUGCAGUUUCACAGACUGUUGUGACUCCUCUUUUCACAUGGCAGAUGUGCUUUUCUCCAUGGGCUUGUGGAUUAAUCUUUUUUGUUUGGGCUCUUCAGUCUUUUCUAAAGCAGUGUUUCCAUUGCAGAGUGAGCACAUAUUAUUAAUGGCAAUCCCACUGUUGAGUGUUGAGUAAAAGUAAUACUUCUGCAGUGGAGGGCCUCUUUUCUGAAUGAUAUUAGGAAUGCUCUCAGCCAUAUAGAAGUCUGUGUGUAUUAGUGAGUGGAAGGGAACCUCACAUGGAAAGGUCCCUGCAUUUUAGGGAGAAAGGAGUCCAGUAUUAUUACUGAGAUCAUUGCAAGAUCUGUGAAAGAUGGUAGGAUCUACAGGUACUUAUGUUUCUACUUUUCUAUUAUGGCUUCUGCCUCUAGUGAAUGAUUUUCUGUUUGAUAGGAUUAGUUCAUGGACAAGCAUGAAUACAUAUAUAUCAUCUACUCCCGAGUCUUUGAAAUGGCAUAUCUGUCUGUCUGUCUAUCUUUCUUUAAAUACAUACAUACAUAUAGAAAGAAACCUGGCAGAGUGAAUGUGGUGUGUAUCCUUGGCCAGAAUCCCGUCAUGUUGAUUUUUAUUUAGAUUCAGAUGUUAUUGAACUCUAGCUUCCAUCAACCCCAGCCAGCAUUUUCAAUACAGUAGAGUACUGCAAGUUCUGUGCCAUCUAGAUAAUGAAAGUGAUCUCUUGGAAUAACUUUUACAAAGGAUGCCUUUAUAAGCAUUCAAGAAAUGCUGCUAUUUAACAGCAAUAUAUCUUCUUCCCCAUCUUCCCUUUCUAGUUUACUAAAAUUAUCAGUGGGAAAAAUAUUUUUUUGUCAUAACAUGAAAUUAAAUCUUCCAAAUUCAACUUUAAAUUCUACUCAUUCACUAAGCCUGGAAACAGAUCUAGAUAAUAGCAAGUGUUUUCAAACCUGAAGUUGGCCAUUAUUAUUUCAUUUAGCAUUCAAGUUAUAAUUAAUUCAGUCUGCAAUCUCCACCUUAAGAGUGAGUCUGAAUGCAGAUCUUAUACCUUUUUCCUCUAAACUUUUUAUGCCAUGUCAGCCCAAUAAAUGAUUGUGGAGAACUUAAAAUGUUUGUAAACUAUUCGGUGACAUUUGUGUUAGUUCUAAUUAAGAUACAAUCUAACUGAAUUUUAUUGUUUUUUUUUUAGGGACAAGAUCUGUAUUUUUUCCUGUUAAUUAAUUUAUUAAUGAUUUAUAUGCAUAAUGGAAUCUUGAUACUAUUUGAUGUCAGUCCUAUACAAGUAAACUCUAACAAUGACUCUUGUUUAAUCUGGCAUUUUUGAUAAUAAGCUUAGGCAGUAUAAACAUAAUGUUUUUCCCUGGAUUGAGUUUAUUCUAAACUGUGACUGAAAAUAUUGUUUAUACCUGUUGCUCCACCCACAGGCAUGUCAGGUUUCAUUAAAGCAUUGUUUUAGAUUUUA